AUGCCGGUAGCCGUUCGUGGACGUGCAGAUGAUUGGUCUGGUGUUAUAAUUUGCCUGCUGCUGCUCAACAUGGUUCUGCUGCUCUACAUGUUGCUGCUGAUAUCCGGUGGUUUUUAUCCUUUUUAUUUUUUUAAAUUUAAUUACCAAAAUAAUUUUUUUUAUUUUUCAUAUUUUUUUGCUUGUGGUGGCGUGGCUCAACAUGGAUGGAUGGUCUUCAUGGUCUGGCGGGUUUUCUUUUUUAUUUAUUUAAAUAAUUAAAUAAAAUUAAUUUUAUUAUUUUUUUAUAUUUUUUUUUGCUUGUGGUGGGUGGUGGUCAACAUGCUCUUGGUUGGUCAAUAUGCUAUUGGUUGGUCAAUAUGCUAUUGGUGGUAUUCAACGUGCUUUUGGAUGGAAUGGUGGUGGCUGGUUUUAAAUUUUUAAAAAUUUUAAAAAUAAAUAAAUUUAAAUUUUUUUUUAUUAUUUUUAAAAAAAAUUUUUGUUUGCUGUGGUGGCAUGUUCAACAUGCUCUUCAUGGUGGUGUUCCAAGUGCUCUUCAUGAUGGUGGUGGUCCAAGUGCUCUUCAUGGUGGUGGUCUUUAUGGCCUUCCGGCCUGGUAAAAAAUUACUUUUUAUUGAAAAAGCAAAAAUUGGCAAAAAAUAGCGCACGCGCCCCGCAUUUCUUUUUCUUCAUUUUCUUGUUGUCCUUGUCUUGUUUUUGUACAAUUUUAAAACAUUUUUAUUUUGCCGAUUUAGAAAAAUGUG